UAAACUAGCACAUCGCGAUUGAUGACGCAUAUAAUCAAGUCUUCAAUUCGAAUCUCGUUGAUCUCCACUGGCCGGAUCCGCAGCGCCCGUGGGUGUACAGUCAUUUCCACCUCAGUGCACGAGCUUUCACGGCGUCCUUUUACCAUCAUGUCUACCCCAGUAGAUCACGCAACUUGGCUGCAAUCGCACCUGACAACACUUUGUGAAUCUGAAAGUGAAGACAGCUUUCACGGCUCCUUCGACUCAGUGUUCGCGCCGGGGUGUCAAGUCAUCGUCAACCAUACGCCCGCGUCAAUUGACGAAUUCAAAGAUCAGCUUCGCACAAACCUAGGAGCCAGCGUAUCUGCGAAAACAUCCUGGGAGAACGUUAUAACUGCAUCGCCCAGAUCUCCGAGCGAGGAUAACCAGGAAUCGUCACAAGGCGUUACAAGUGAUCAGGCUAGUAUUGUGGCCGCUUUUGUCACAAUAACGCGCUCGAUGAAGUUUAGAAUCCGUGCUGCGCCAGCGCAGCGACAAUCUCUUGUCCAUCUUAGUGCCAAGAUCGAAGGAAAUGGCACAGAGGAAGCAGACGGUCGUCGCAUCACAAGCCUACUAUGGACCUCCGUCGAGAGGACACCACCCAUUCACUUUCCUACACCGCACGCCGUAGCAGCUCAAACUGGUAGCCAGGAGUGAAGAAAUGCACUUGUACGCGUCGACAGAGCAAGUGCGCGGACAGAUACAAUCUCGUAUGUACAAUAGUUGUUAGAUUUUGGAGGAUCCAGAUAUAGUUAUAACCAAGCAAAGUGAGAAGGAUAUAGAUUUUAAUUGAUCGAUCG